CACAGUUAUCGUUCCCUGUUAAAGGGUACAACUUUUCAAAACGAAAGAAGAUCACAGUUUUGGAACCUUUUCACCUAUACACUACACUACAGUAGACGGAGUAGGUGGCUUGGGAGGAAGAUUUACUCAGCUUAUAGCGACGUUUCCAGACAAGGUCAGUUCCUACGAGUACACAAGAGUUGGAUUAUAUGAUGAUGACGACGAUGAUGAAGAGACACUGAUAAACAAGCAAGAAAGCAGAAUGUCGAUUUGGUGGAUAAUCUCAGGGUUGGACUGGAUCUCGGGAAAAAUAAAUCAAUUUACAAUCAUAUUUAGAAAAUGGCUCGGGUGUUGUACAUGUACCUUGGGAUGGAUGUGGUGCCUCUUUAAACAACUAUGUUGUUGUAUUUACGGAAAACCCAAGAACUGCAUCAGAUUCUUACAUUCACAAGUUUGUUGUUGUACACACCGAGCGGAUAAAAGAUACAUGUACCAGCGUGAAGCAGAAAAACUUCAGGAGGAAUGUAGAAAUCUAAAAAUCAGAUACCAGCGUGAAGUAGAAAAACUUCAGGAGGAAUGUAGAAAUCUAGAAAUCAGAUUAUCUGAUAGUCAGGCAGAAGUGCGAACUCUGGAAUCAAAACUCAGUCAUAGAGAAGAAAUAUUAAAUGAUGAACGACGGGAAAAGAAAACAUUUAUAUCCAAAUUUGAAGAAGAAAGGAAAGAAAAGGAGAAAGCACUAACAAGAUUAAGUUCUAUUGCUGGGGAUAAAUUAAGGGUAAAUAACCCUGGAAUAGCUGAUCUGUCAGACGAAAAUCGACCAAACAAAUUAGGAGAAAAGUUCAGCGAGCUCUAUGACAACGAAUGGACAGAGGCAUACGAAAGUUUAGAAGAUGUUGGUGUUGAUGAGGAAGAGAUAAUAAAAAAGCUUUUGGACAUUUUAAAGGAGGUUUACACUUGCUGUCAGCACUAUGCCAAAGCCCAGAGACACAGACUGAUUCAGGUCAUCUCACUACCUUCCAGAUCCGAUGAGCAAUCACAGGAUGCUGCAACACCUGAGAAGGUGAUGUCCAAGGUGGUCGAUCUUCAAAAACAGACGGUGUCAAUUGCUCUAUCCGAUGUAAAGAAUACAAUAAUUACAACCAGAUCAGAAUUUGCAGACACCGAAGUAAAACAGAAGUACACGGUCCGUUGCAUGCAGCUGUGCUGAAUGAUGGCAAUACAGGACCCUCCAAUGCUGCUCGAUUUUGGACCGGCACAAAAUGAAGAUUUUGAUAAAAAUUUGUUCAGAUUGUACACAAAGCAAGGCAACAGAGUAGAUUUCAUUGUUUGGCCAGCUUUAGUUUUGCAUGUUAACGGGCCCAUUGUUCAGAAAGGUGUUCUUCAACCGAAGCCAAGCUGAUAGGAUAAUCCAUUUGACUGAUUGAUACCAGCCGUAUUCAAUGUCAUUACUACCUGUAGAAAAUAGCAGAUAAUCAUAAGCAAAUAGAUAUUUUCUUAUUAAUGAAAUUCAUGAUUUGGUAUGAAGUAAAAUAAAGCCAUUACUUUGUGACAGUUAUCAGAACUUUAAAGCAUUGAGAUUUGGACGAUAACAAUGGGGCACUUUCAUGUAUUGUGUCAUAGAUGUACAAUGAAGAGGUAAGUUAUAUGUGGUGCAGAACAACAUAUAGACAUAAAUUAUGUGUAAUAUCAGAACAAUAUAUAGACAUACAUUAUACUAAGUGGUUUUGAUUUCGCAGUGCUAAACGUUUGCGGUUUUUCAUAUUGGUCUAAUUGCGGUGGUUUUAAUUUCAUGGAAUUCAAGUUCUAUUUUGAUUACUGGUAAAUGUUCAAAACGUAUUAUGUCACACUUGCAAAAUGAUUGCGGUUAUUUUAAUUUCGUGGAAAAAUCCCCGACUGCAAACAUAGCGAAAUAAAAACCAUCACGGUCAUUUCCCCAUUUACAGUAUGUAAUAUCAGAACAGUAUAUAAGCAUACAUUAUAUGUAAUAUCAGAACAAAAUAUCAAUGUUUUGAAUUCAGAAGUUAAAGAAAUUCGUUGUACAUGUAUGGAUACAUUAUGUUAUGAAAUGAAAUAAAAGAUAUGCAUAAUGAU